AUGAAUUCCUCAAUUGCUCGUGUUAGAGGGGUGGUGAGAUAUAUUAAGCAAUCCCCUACUAGAUUAGCUAAGUUUAAAGAGUGUGCUGCUAGUGCAGGAGUUAAGAGUAAGUGUUUAUUGUGUUUGGAUGUGGGGACUAGAUGGAAUUCUACUUUUUUGAUGUUGGAUACAGCUUUGAAAUUUCAGAGGGCUUUUGCAUCGUUUGAAUUAUGUGAUAAUAGCUACAUACCUGAGCUCAUAAGGUUAGGAGAUGGGGUGCCCGAUGAUAGAGAUUGGACAAAUGUUAAGAGGAUUUCUCGUUUCUUAAGAGAAUUUUAUUAUUUGACCUUGAAUGUUUCAGGCACAUCUUACAUAACUGCUAAUUCUUUUUUAGAUUCCAUUUCUGAUAUGUAUACUACUUUGAUUGAAUGGCAAAAUGGUGAUGAUGUUGAUUUACAGUCUAUGACAAUUAAGAUGAAAGAGAAAUUUGACAAGUAUUGGGGGAAUGUGGAUAAAAUGAAUUUGGUGUUAUUUAUUGCUGCUAUACUUGAUCCAAGGAAAAAGGUUUCUUAUGUUGAAUUCACUUUGCUAGACAUGUUCAAGAAGAAUCGGUUAAACACUGGAUCAAAUGAGCUGAAAACGAAAUUGGAAAAAUAUUUAUUGGAGCCUGUGGAUGAUGAGGGGUUUGAUGAUGAUGAGUUUGAUGUUCUUAUGUGGUGGAAACUUAAUCAGUUUAGGUUUCCUGUACUUGCUACUAUUGCUCGUGAUGUAUUGGCUGUUCCCAUAUCUACAGUUGCUUCGGAAUCUGCUUUGAGUACCGGUGGGCGUGUGCUUGAUCUGACUAAUAUUGCAUUGGAGACAAUAACUGAGUCUGAGCCUGAGUCAGACUAA